UAUUUGCAUGAAUUGAAUCCACAGAUCAUUCACAGAGACAUUAAUCCGGGAAAUAUAUUAAUCGCCAAAAACAUAAUGAACGACAGAUUUGUAAAGUUAUGUGACUUUGGUUUGGCUACAGUUCACGACAAACGGGUUCAUUACCGGACUACACGAAAGCAUACGACAGAUGUUGGUCACCCUAGCUAUGUGCCACUGGAGGUAAUGCGUGGCCAAAAAUACGGUCCCAAAGCGGAUGUCCAUAACGUGGGACUAAUUGGUGGCGAAAUAUUUGAGUUUGAUUUGUCUGAUUGCGACCCAAAUAAAAAAUAUUCUUCAAAUGGUGUCCUAAAUGAAUCCGCACAUUGUUUGAAAACUACCCUGGUAUCAAUGGUUAGAUCACCCAAUUGGAGGGAUAGACCGGAAUGCAGUGAAGUAUUGGCUAAAUAUAACGAGUGGUCUAUCGAUAAGGAUAUUGUUAUCAAAGAUCCGGAAUUUAAAAAUAAUUACUCGCAGAAUAUUCUGUGA